CCAGCACCUUCAGGUACUUCCACCGGAAUGUACAGGUCUUUCUCUAUACCUUCUCAAUAACACAAUACGAAUCUUGUAGUGUAUAUUGUUGACUAACAGUUAAUGAUACAUUUUGACGUUUUAAGCCGUGUGCAGAUCUGUACUCCUCCCCUGUACCCCCGUUCUGAAGUGUUUUUCAGUUCAUGACAUAUUUCUGCGCACUUCCUGAACGAAGGUCUUUUUGGGGAGGGGGGACUUCCCUAAACUGGGUGAGAAGCUGCCAUGAAAUAGGCAUUUAUCUAUGUGUGAGCUCUCAAGCUGAACAAACAAAAAAAAAGACAAGGAGUCAAAUUUUGUUCCUUCUUUUUAAGAAGAGGCGGGUGCUGACUGACAGGCAGACAUGCUGCACAGCGGGGUGGGGUGUGAUACAAGCCACCAGGACCGCACUUAUGGAGUCGCAAAUCCCGGUUAUGUCCCGGCAGCAGCGGGGGCACCAGCAAUGUUUGCCCCACCCGCUUCAGAUUCCCAGGGCCCCAGCGCUCCUCCAGCCAGCAUGUUUGACAACAUGCCUGGGUACGAAGGAACAGUGGCGGGAGGAGGAGGUGGAUAUCUUCCCCCUCCGAUGCCUGCGUACCCGGCCCCUCAGCCGACACCGGGACCUGAGCAACUGCACUGGAAUAUCCCAUCUAUAAGUGAAGACACUGCCCGGGAGGCUUUCAUCCUGUUUGCCUCCAGCAAGUGCUGCUAUAGCUCGGCACCAGCAAAGGAUGGCGUGAUCACCGGCAUGGACGCAUUCAAUACCUACAGGUAUCGCCUGGAAACCUUCACUGAAUCAAGAUCUACAGAGUGGAAUCACGAGCCGUACAACGGCCAGCCAGUGGAUGCCUACGCCCAGUCACCUCCAGGGCCUUGGGAUAUUCCUGCUCAAGCCCCCAGUUAUUUUAUGGAUAGCAAACAGACCAUCAAGGUUCCCUACACAUCAUCCAUGAAGGGCUGUCACGUUUGUGUAGGAAUGGGGAGAAAACCUUGCAAAGACUGUGCCGGUGCUGGUAAUAAAGUUUGUUGGGUGUGCAAUGGGUCUGGUUACCGCCACGGAGAGGAUCGAUGCCACCACUGCAAUGGCAGAGGGAGGGAAAAUUGCAGCCACUGCCACGGACAAGGAUCGAAGCAAUGUGACACAUGUCGAGGAAAACAGCAGCUUCUGGUCUACAUCAACCUCACCGUGAAAUGGACCAACCACUCUGAAGACUAUGUCGUGGAACAGUCGAGCGGACUGCAGCUGGACAGCCUCAGCAAAGUGUCUGGGAAGGAGCUUUUCAGAGACUCUCAGUACAUGGUGUACCCAGUGAUGGGGUUCCCAGACCCCCAAGUGGUGAAUGCAUCACAGCGCCUUGUCAAUGAACACCAGGGCAGAUACUCCCAGUCAUCACGCAUUCUACAACAGCGUCAAACCAUAGAGCUGAUCCCCGUUACCAAGGUGACCUACACAUGGAAAGGGAAAUCACACCUUUACUUUGUUUACGGCAAUGAGUUCAAAGUUGAUGCAGAUAACUAUCCCGCUACCUGCUGCUGUACUGUGAUGUAAUUGCAAUGUAUAUGUAUGAAGGUUUUUACUUUCCACACCAUCAGAUCGCUAAAUUGGUCAGUCUUACUGAUGAGCUGGGAGUUUUUUUUCUGACAUAUGGGAAAUUCUUACCUUAUUUAAGUGUAAGGUUCAGAGGUUAAACAGAAGCAUUUCACCUAUGAACUUAAAGAAUACACACAAAAAAACUGUUAAACUUAGACUACCUGCUAAAAGAUUAUUAAUGGCUAUAAAGGCAUUUAUAUUGUCACAUGCCAUUUGUAUGCAUGCACUGCAGAAAAUAAUUGCUUACUGAAGUUAUAUAAACCAUAAUCAUACUAUAGUCCCUGAAUCUGGAACCUUUUAUCCCUUAAUAUGGCAGCAGUAAUUUUUUGUCGUCUGUAAAAAAAAACAAAACAAAAACAAAACACAAAAACAACUAUAUGAAACUGAACUAUAUUUUUGUUGCACCAUGAUACUUUUUAUAUUACUAAUGUAUAUUUGAAAGUAAUCCAUUUGCUCUCACGGCACAAGUGUUUGUUUUGAUGUAACUGUAUAAAAUGUGUAUGAUCUUGAAAGACCAAAAUGUGGAACACCUGCUUUGCAAUUAUAAUAAAUUGUUAUUUCGCAA